AACAACGCGUUGCAUUCACGUCAUCACUUUCUGUCAUUCUGAAGUUCUACAUAUUCGUUUUGCAGGAGAGCAAAUUAUCAUGCAUGCCACGACGUCUGCCAAGAAACAAAAGGAAUACAUCGAUAAACUUCAGGCAGAAAUUGAUGUCCUACAAAAGAGGAUAGGUGAGGACGAGAGCGCCGAGGCUAUCGUAUCAAGACACAUAAACCUGUUGCAUCGUUAUAAUGAAGCCAAGGACGCUACUCAGUUAUUGAUAGGAAGGCUGGCCGCUUCGAAGGAAACCACCGUCCGGCAAAUUCAUAACGACAUGGACCUCUUAGAUGAUUAGUGACCUUUCUCUUACCCAGCCCUGUAUCUUCAAUAGUUGGCUGUCGUUUUUGUCACGCAUACGUCGCAUUUCAGCAUAGAGCUGUAUAAUUAUGUUUGUAACAAUAUCCAA